AUGCGCUGCGCAGGCGCAGUCGGGCAGUCACGCCCAGAAGUCUUCCGGCCCCACCCGGCGGCUACGUCUAAGUUUUACGACGUGGAGCCUCACGUCACACAGACGACCAGGGUGAGUGCGAUUGUGAGAGUGAGAGGUGCGCGUUCGUUUUUUGUGACGGAGACACCGAGUCUGUGUUUUUUGGACUUGGCUUUCCUGAUAGAGAAGCCCAGAGGACUGAUCAGCUCUUACAGGUCUAAAACCAUGGCCCAUGGAUCGUUGACAUUCAGUGAUGUGGCCAUAGGAUUCUCUCAGCAGGAGUGGGAAUGCCUGGAUCCUGUUCAGAAGACUUUGUACCGGGAUGUGAUGAUGGAGAACUAUGGUAACUUGGUCUCACUGGGCCAUUCCAUUUCUAAGCCAAAUGUAAUUACCUUACUGGAGCAAGGAAAAGAGCCCUGGCUAGUUGUGAGAGAAGAAACAAGAAGCUGGUGUGCAGAUUUGGACUCAAGAUAUGAAAUAACCAGCAAUGGAAAAGCAUACAUUUAUAAAAAACGUUCAUCUCUUACUCUACACCACAGAAUUGCUAAUGGAGAGAAACCGUAUGAAUGUAAGGAAUGUGGGAAGGCCUUUAGUCGUCAUACAGACCUAAAAGUACAUCAAGUAAUUCAUACUGGUGAGAAACCGUAUGAAUGUAAGGAAUGUGGGAAGGCCUUUAGUCGUCCUACAGAUUUAAAAGUACAUCAAGUAAUUCACACGGGUGAGAAACCGUAUGAAUGUAAGGAAUGUGGGAAGGCUUUUAGUCGUCUUACAGACUUUAAAGUACAUAAGAGAAUUCAUACUGGUGAGAAACCCUAUGAAUGUGAACAGUGUGGGAAGGCUUUUAGUCGUGCUUCCAACCUUGCUCAACAUGCCAGAGUUCAUACUGGUGAGAAAUCCUAUGAAUGUAAGGAAUGUGGGAAGGCCUUUAGUGAUGUUGGAACACUUAAAAUACAUCAGAGAAUUCAUACUGGUGAGAAACCGUAUGAAUGUAAGGAAUGUGGGAAGGCCUUUAGUCAAGCCUCAAACCUCAUACAACAUGACAGGAUUCAUACUGGUGAAAAACCCUAUGAGUGUAAAGACUGUGGGAAGGCCUUUAGUCAUGCUUCACAUCUUGUUAGACAUGAGAGAAUUCAUACUGGUAAGAAACCCUAUGAAUGUAAGGAGUGUGGGAAGGCUUUUAGGAGUAGCCAUCAACUUACUAUACACCGUAGAUUUCAUACUGGUGAGAAACCGUAUGAAUGUGAGGCAUGUGGGAAGGCCUUUAGUGUGUAUGGACGACUUACUCGACAUCAGAGUAUUCACAGUGGUGAGAGACCUUUUGAAUGUAACAGAUGUGGGAAGUGCUUUAGGCUCAGUUCAAGCCUUAAAGUACACCAGAGUAUUCAUACUGGUGAAAAACCCUUUGAAUGCCACAAAUGCGGGAAGUCCUUUAGGCUUAACCUUAUAAUACAUCAGAGAAUUCAUACUGGUGAGAAACCCUAUGAAUGUAAGCAGUGUGGAAAGGCCUUUAGUCGUUCAUCCAACUUUCUGCAACAUCAGCUAAUUCAUAGUGGUGAAAAACCCUAUGAACGCCAUGCAUGUGGGAUGACCUUUAGUCUUAGUAUAGGUUUUAGGGAACAUCAUAGAAUUCAUACUGGGGAGAAACCCUACAAAUGUAAAGAAUGUGGAAAGGCCUUUAGUCAGGCCUCACAUCUUGUUCAACAUGAGCGAAUUCAUUCUGGGGAGAAGCCCUAUGAGUGUAAGGAAUGUGGGAUGACAUUUAGUCAUGGCUAUCAACUCAUUCCACAUCAGCAAAUGCAUAUCAGUAUAAAACCCUACGAAUGUCGUGAAUGUGGGAAGGCCUUUAGUCAUGCUUCAGCACUUAUUCAACGUGAGAGAAUUCAUACUGGUGAAAAAUCCUGUAAAUGUGAAUGUGGGAAGGCCUUUAUUAAUGGUGGAAGGCCAAGAAUGCAUCACAUAAUUCAUAGUGGUGAGAAACCCUAUGAAUGUAAAGAAUGUGGAAAGGCCUUUAAUCACCCCUCAAACCUUGUUAGGCAUAAGAGAAUUCAUACUUUAGAGAAACCGCAUCAGUGUAAAAAAUGUUGA